AUGGCGCCCGUGAGCCAGCGCAAGCACCUGGGACGCGACAAGUUCGGGGCUCAGUUCAGCCUCCUCAAGACGCAGCAGUACACCGACCCGGCCACUCGGACAGCCAUACCGACCAUCCACCGCACCAUCUCAUGGAACGCCUCUGGCGGGCUGAUCGCCACCGGGGCCAACGACAAGACGGUGCGGAUCUGGAACCCCGAGCGCACCAGUCCGCGCAGCCAGAUCGAGCUGCGAGGCCACGGCCACGCCGUCGAAAAGGUCCUGUUCAACCCCGUCCGCGAAUUCGAGCUGGCCAGCUGCUCCUCGGACGGCACCGUGCGGUUCUGGGACACCCGGUCCAAAAGCUGCGUCAGUAAACUCGACGUCGGCGGCGAGCCUUUUACGUUGAGCUGGAGCGCUGACGGGAGCGUGCUCCUGGCGGGGACCAAGGGCGACGUCCUCAUUCCCAUCUCGACGGCGAUCCCGUCCUCGCCACAGAUCCUCUCGCGCCUCAAGCAGAACCAACAGACCAACCAGACGACUUUUUCGAAUGCAUACCCGCCCUCGGACCUGCUGAUCACACAGGGCGACGGCUCGGUCAAGAUCCUCGACUACCCGUCCUUUGCGGUGCUGCACACCAUCUCGGCACACACGUCGUCGUGCACGGCCAUCGCCUACUGCCCGACGGGGAAGUACGUCGCGGUCGGGGGCUCGGACGCCAUGAUCUCGCUGUGGGACACGACCGAGUGGGUGUGCCGACGGACCGUGUCCAACGCCAGCUCGGGCGCCAUCAAGGGCCUCAGCUGGUCGUGGGACGGCCGGUACCUGGUCGGCGCGAGCGAGGAGAUGGGCUCCGGCGGCGGCGAGGGCCUCAGCUCCGGCUUCGACAUCUACCACGCCGAGACCGGCGACGUCGUUCACACCAUCGCCACCGGCACCAGCGGCAUCCCCGCCGUCGAGUGGCACCCGAACCGCUAUUGGUUGGCGUAUACCCAGAUCGAGGACUCCCGGCAGGGGAAGUCGAGCUUGAAGAUUGUCGGAGCCGCUGGAGGUCCGUCGAUUUGA